UAUAUAACUUUUCCUUCAUCGCGUACCAUACUGUUCAUGGCCUUUCAAUGACAACACCCUUGACCGCCCAGUCUUUCGUUAGGCUCCUAAAAGCUCCCACAGACCCACCCAACCCAGAAAGCCCGCUAAAAAUUCAAAUCGCUUGUGCAGCAUGGGAUGAUACAACCCUUCAUAUCCCAAAUAAGCACGAGCUCAUCGCCGAGUUCAUACUCACGCGACUGCUCAAAGACAAGUCAAAAACUAGCGACAACCCGGUAAUCGAUCCGCGGUACUGGUGCCUUCUUUGCAAGGUUUUGGAUGGCAGCGUAGGGGUAGGUGCACGAGGUCUCAAAGUAUGGCUUGGUUCACUUCUCAAUCGCACUCCGCUCGCGCCAAUCAUCAUCUCAAUCCUCACCCUGCUGAAUGGCCUGCCAGUUACAGAGGCGAAAGAGCUCCUGAUGUUCGUGCGUCAGUGCUUCUCUGUCAUAUGGCCGUUAAGCGUCCACAAAAUUGGCGUGGAGACGCUAUUAGAGUGCCUUGGCGCUGUUCUAGAUGUUUCUUCUGAGCUGCUUAAUUAUGAGGCUAUGGACAGUAUGUGUGAGGCAGUUGUGUCUUCGUAUAGAGAGGCACUAGGAAAUGUGGGGAACAAAAAGAAGCUACACGCGACCUUCCUCCAAACUCAUCUCUCAUCCUGGAUUCGUGCAAUCUCGCGAUCAUCCUAUCUGUCUCCAUCACUGGAUGAAGCGGUAUACGCCGCAGGAACGGAGACUCUGUUCUCUCUUGAUGCGCUUCGUGCAUCCACCUCAUCUGAGAGUUUAUUCACGGCCCUAUCAUCUUCGCCCAACUCACCUUUCACAACAAAUCCUGUCAUCCCGCUCCUACCCCGCAUCUUCAGCACCCAUACGCACUUCCUACGGCGGUACCGCACCACUUUGUUUCCCGCUUCUCAGAAUAAAACACAAAACCGCGAAAACGACAUGAGAAUGACCUCAAUGGCGUUCUUUGCCUCUUGUCUGAAACUAUUGGCCGGGAACGAUCUGAGCUGGGAAGCGAGAGUCGGUCUGGUCAGUAUCAUCGAGAGUGAGCGAAUUUACGCGAGUCAGGGUGUGGAGGAGGUAGAGGUGGUGAGGGAGGAUGCAGUGCGGAUAUUGGAAGGAGAAGCGGAAGGAGAGGUGGUACGUUUGGCUUUGGACGUGUUGGCCGUGCUUGCGAGGGUCGACUAUGAUGUGAUCGAGCCUGUGGUGGGAAGGGUACUUCCUCGGUUGAUCUUGACUCGCCCAUCUCCAUCCAUACAAAAAUCAGCCAAUGUACUUCUCAACCUCCUCCUUGACUUCCACUCCAAGACGCGCACGUUACACCCAUACAGUCAUGCACUCCUUGACGCAUGUACCUCUUUACUUUCCAUCGGAUCCCUUGCGUCACCUCGAGAACUCUACAGCAGCGCACGCAACUCUGCUAUCCUCGCACAUACCCAUCUUUCCUCUCUUGCACAAGCCCUCCGCACAUUCCUCACACCCACCCAAGUAAAAGAGGCAGCUCAGAUUACCUUGGCUCUGAAAGACACCUUCAUUACCUACCAAAAUCUCUCCUCACUCAUCAAAACUACCGAAAUGACAGACAGACCGCGUAAAAAGCGGCGGAAAAGCGAAUCUGCCCCGUCAUCUACGAGUCCAGCGCCUAUAGAGGACAUGCAGGAAGUAGACGUCCAUGCCCUUUCCCUUUCCCUUACUCUCAAGUUCGCGGCCCUCUUCCUGUCGAACCUCCCAUCUUCUUUCGUCACCGCCGAGGUCCGUGAGGCUGUGCGUGAGGCGGGCAUAUGGGCCGUCGAAGUCGCUCGUUCGCUUCUUUGUGACAGGGCUUCAAAAAUAUCCUGGGCAGACCAAGUGACAGGUGCUGCGUUUCUUCGUUUUGCAUAUCAGCUAUCGGCUUGCAAGUGCGGCGGAGAACAAACAGAUGUGCAAGGACUGUUGGACAUUGUGAAAACAGAAGAGGGUGUGGAGGGUGAGCUGGUGCUUGAAAUUCUGCGAUUUUGCUUUGCAAGGUCUUCUAGAUCGGAAACGGAUGUAGAAGCGGAGACUGUGUUUGACGUUGCCCUGACUUAUGUCGAGGCGCAAGUACAGAACACGAGUGGUUUGAUGGUACUCUACCUAAUCGUCGAGCGGUGGUUAGAUCUUGUAGACGCUCACGCACCUAAAUCGUCUCUCGAUCGCCUGAUCAAGCUUAUAUUCUGUAUUUCGCCCACGUCUACUCGUCAGACGGACGUGCAGGGCUUGCAGCCAAAAGACGUACUCUUGGGCGUCUUGCACAAUGCGCAGUUCUGGGAGAUGGUGAAUAUACGAGCUUCUGUCCUUGCAUACCUCAUGGCCUCGCCUAACUCUCUGAAAAGUUCUAUGUUUGAUCAGCUCAGCAGCACUUACUCCCUUUUGUUAUAUGUCCCCCCUGAGUACCUCACCAAACAGGCUCGCGUGGAGCUCGUGCGCCGGGCAAUAGAGGGGGAUAUGUCUAUUUCAUCGUCGCUGCAUGGGACUGCCGGAGAGAAGACGGCAAAGAGCAAGCGUAAACGUGACGAAGGCAAGGACCGAGAAGAUGCGCAGCAAACGCUCACGCAUAUCCGUGUAUUCCUUCAACGGAUGGGGCAACUCGGGUAUCUGAACACGUCAGAUCAUGAGAGCGCAAGAGAUUAUGUGAAGCACCUUUUGAACACGGAGAUCUCAGAUAAUGCGGUCAUGAGAGACGCCACGAUAAAUCUUGCGGAGCUCUAUAUUGUUGCGCUCCUCCGAGCAUCGGACAAAGAUCUUUCCGCUUCAGCCGCAUGUGCUUCCAUCUUCUGCUCUCUCGCGCAGUCUGGUUCUCUUGAGGAAGAGAGCCUUCCUGAGUUAUGUGUGCUCCAGCUUGUUGAGCGUCUCAGACAGGAUUUUUCUGUUUCCAGUCUUCCCGACCCGAUCAUUGCAUCGAUGAAAGAACUGCACGCUGCACUCACACCAAUGUCACAAUCCAACGUCAGCGACACGCUCCCCUCAGGCGGGACUAUCAAAACGUGGGCGCGCCACCUUUCAUUUGGCCAUUGGCUAGGCGUUGCAGCUACUUCAACAUCUGGGUAUGGCCACCAAAUCGCAGUCGCGCUGUUGCGACACAGAGAAAAAUAUAAGUGUUCUGCAGAAAUAUUGGGACUUCUCUUCGAGGAACUGCAUUGUUUGCCUAAUGUCAACCGUGGGAUGCAUCUUGACCUGGCAGUAGGGGUUUAUGUAUUUUCUACGGAAGCUGGAGCCUUGGAUGAAGUCGUCUCAUCCGGAUGCAAGCAUCUUUCAGUCGAUGACUUCUCACAUAUACUGGAUACAGUCUACGAAGCACUUCAAAGCACGCAAUUUCCUCUGGCUCAACGUGUGCGCCUAGUACAUGCAGCCACUGUCCUGUUACACGACGCACCUCAAGGGACUUUGAAGGUCGUUCAGGGGUCUUUCAGUCAAUGCCUGAAUCUCUUUAUUGGACACGCGCAGUUCUUUGCGGGUCCUGCGGACUUGAAGGUAGCUUGCCUCGAGUAUGUGGCUCGGCAAUGUUCAGAUAGGCCCGCAGCUCUUCGUCCCGUCGACCCUGGUCCCAUCCAUACCCUACUUUCUAAAAUCUUGUGUGGAUCUUCAACACAUGACAGUACCACCACACUUGCAGUCUUCCACGCCUCCACCACCAUACUAAACGCACUCGUUCGACUGCGACGCGAUCUUGCCGUCCACAUUCUGCCACAUCUAGGGAUGAUCCUCCGCCAACUGGUCUCAUGUACACGUAGUCUACGGCCCCAGCUGGCCGCGAAGCAGAGCCGCAUCGUCACGGACACUCUCCCAUCGUGGAUAGCUCCAUCUGAACCUCUAGGUGUACCUGAAGCUCGCGCACUUGCACGGCUCUUCACCUCCUUGACGACAAAAACUGUUCCCCGCGCUCACAUGCAGCCAAGCGCGGAGCAGAAGGCGGAGAGCCUGGCAAAGCCAUUCGCCAAGCAUGCUGCUUAUGUGGUUACGGCGUAUAUCGACGCUGUAAACGACCCGUUAUGUGUCAUGCGAGCAGAUGUGAGGCGUGAGCUUGAGCCGGGCCUGUUUUCACUGUGCGAAAUGAUGGGUACGCACAGUCGUGAUGCCGUUAUGGUGAGUGCGUUGGAUGCGGGAGGGAAGAGCGUGAUGAAGGCACUAUGGAAGGAGUAUGAAAAACAGCGGUAUAUUGGGAAGGGGUAGAGCUCCACAUUCAUGUUGGAUUCAUCUAUGCAUA